AUGGCGGCGCCCGGAGCGACGGCGGCGCUGGUGCAGUAUGUGGUGCUGCGGGGGGACCUGGGCCGGCCGCCGCGGUCGUGGCCUCUGGGCGCGGUGGUGGCGCAGGGCUGCCACGCCGCCCUGGCCGCCGCGCAUGCGCAUCGCCAGCACCCCGACACCCGCGCCUACCUGGAGUUGGGCGGCGCCAUGCGCACCGUCGUUCUGGAGGCUCCAGAUGAAGCCGCCCUGACGGCACUGGCAGAGACCUUGAAGCAGCACAGCAUCGACCACGAAGUGUGGACUGAGCAGCCCGAGAACGUGGCCACCUGCCUGGCGCUCAGGCCCUACCCGAAGGACCAAGUGCACCAGCACCUGAAGAAAUUUAAAUUGCUGAAGUGACCGUGACCGGGCACGGGCAGCUCUCCUCCUGGGGCAGAGCCGAGCUCACCCCCGGACAGGUGCCGCGGGGAAAGCCGCUGUGUCUCGGGAGCGCUGUGCUAAUGCUCAGCAGCAGGUAGUCUCCUUGUGUGGUGAUAGUGGUUUUACAGUGUGAAAAGGCUCUGUGAUGGGGAGGAUUAAAUGUUAUUCU